AUGUCGAGCGCAUCUGCGACAUCGAAUUUACCGCCAGCUAAUCACUUUCGCCCGACUUCAUCGUCCGCGCUGACCUCUCCCGGGAGGCCCAGUGCUCUGUCCGCCAUGAUGAAAGGCGAGGCUUCUGUAAGUAGGGUGCCAGAAACAUCAUGGGAUGUCGCUAGCGGAAACUCGGCUGCAGAGCCUUCCUUAUCACCGUGGUUGGGGAAUACUCCUGUGACGGUGACUCAUACAGUUCCAAAGUACAUCACAGUGACAAUGACGCCGACUCAGAGCGAUACCCCUUCGAUCGCCACGGCGCUGCCAUCAGAAGCUUUGAAAGUCGUGGAGACGAUCCCGAGCGGAGCAUUGAGCUCGGUCCACGGAGUCCUCAGGGCGGUUGAGGUCGAACGAGACUCAAGGUCUACUCACCAAGACGGCCGCGGCCCGUCCAACCGAUCGAAGACGGCUCUCGUAACCUCGGCGUUGCAUUCAUACUUGGCGGACCACGAUCCUCGGCCGGAGUCCGAUGAGCCAUCCCACAUCGGGAGUCCAGCAUCAUCAUGGGCUGCUGGGUCCACCGCUGGCGCAUCGAUCGCAGCUUCCAGUGUCGUCAGACCUCUGAUAGCACGAGCCUGGAAGGUUACUCCCACUCGGACCAUGCCGCCUUCUCUACCCAGCGCUACGACUGCGUCCGAGCUGUCACCUCGUCCCUUGAACGACUUGGGUGUGGCGGAUGACGACGACAAGACGCAAGUGAUCCAAAGGUAUAAGUCAGACAGCGGUCACACCCUAAAGUCUGCUUGGUCUUGGUUCACGAAGGGCUCCAGCAGUGCCCCUAAGGAACCAGCCGCGAAAGCAGUGGAUAACGUAGAGAGCGCUGCACCAGCACUCAGCACCGGAAGUUGGUGGAGUGUAAUCACGGGAGAGUUUGUCGAAGUAGGCGACUCACGCAGAGGACUGCGCAAUGGUCUGAGGCCACGCAGACGGACGACAGCAACAUCCGCCACGGCUGUCACUCCAGUCCCUACCGUGGUCGCAGACACCGCUCCUUCCCAGGUCCUUGAAAAGGACACUAAGGGUAUGUUUCAGACCUUUGGGGAUAUGGGACGAGGGACUGCCUCGAUGGUUCAGAAGACAGGAGAGACAGCUCUGCACCUUGCAAACCCCAUGACCUACAUCCGUGGAGCUGCAUCGCUCGCUGGAUCAGGUGUUGACUUGGCUGUGGGAGCGGGCCAAUCUGCGGUCCAACCAGUGGCAGACACCGCUUCAGAUUAUUGGGCCAAAGGGUCCUCAUUGCUCACUAACUACUGGAGCAAGGGCAAAGAUCUCGUGACUGACUUUAGUCGACAAGAGUUCGACGUAUCUCCAAUCACGGCGAGAGCCAGAGACCUCUCAUCAGUUGCCGGACUUUCGUCCUACUGGGACAGAGGGGUAGGAUUUUCGAAUAUCGCAAAGGAGGAGGCUCUCAGCAAGGCCUCACUCUUUGGCAAAUCCUUUGCUCAAGGUCUCGGAAGCGCAGCCCAGUGGAUUGAGGCCAAGGCCGCGGUCUUGGAUCAUUCAUCGGCAAUGACAGAUCGACUGGCUGCCACUCCGACCGCCACAUUGCCGGCUACCACCUCAACGAGCUUGUCAAAGCUGAUGGGAAGUCUACCGACAGUCAGAUGAUAGAAUAAGGAACCGGAGACCCCAUGGACACUUCUCUAUAGGUGGAGCAGACAUCAGAAUAGUCUUGG